GGGGAGGUCAAUGACCCUGACAAGAAAAUGGCGGAAUUUGUGGAGCUACGGUCAAGCUCGUCCUCACUCCUCUUCAUCCAUCGUUUUGUCAGCCUUGCCAAUGCCAUGCUCUUCCCAUGUUUGAUCUGAUCGAAUGGUUCUGGCAUUAUUCUCGUUCAACAUUUUUUAGAUGCUUAACGGGUCACAUAUAAUAAGGAUUUGUAAGAAACAAGGAAAUACACACGUAAGAGCCAUCCAGCAUGGACCGUAUAAUGAAGGAGCAUGGUAUCAAGUUUCAGAGUGUCAGAGCUACAAGUGUUACUGGGCUUCGCUGGGCGAAACAAGAGUGGUCCCAAGCAUGAGCUCCUUCUGAGGGUCUUGCACCUCCUGAAGAACGCCUCCUGCAGUCCAGCCGUCCAGAUCAAAAUCAAGGAACUUUAUCGCCGCCGCUAUCCCAGGACGAUAGACACUUGUCUUACCGACUUGGCUGCAGUUAAGUCUGCGUUCUCCGCGGCAGCGGAAGGCGGUGGCGUUACCGUGGUAACCUCUGACCUCAGUGACCUGUCCCCUGACGGCGCCGGUGUCUCCCGGGACUUUGACCUGGCGUCCGAUUCGCUGCUCCUCUCUGGUGAUUCGCUGCUGCUCCACGAGGAGACCAAUAAGGAGCUGAGGAUGAACCUCCAGCAGCCCGCCCCUCUCAUCCCUCCGGUCCAUCCAGACGUCCAAAUGAAGUCUCUGCCAUUCUACGACGUGUUGGACAUCCUGGUUAAACCCUCCAGCCUGGGUCAGUGUCUCUCUGGAGCCAGCACUGUUCAGAGAUACCACCAAGAGAAAUACUUCAUCUUCGCCUUGACGCCUCAACAAGUCAGGGAGGUGUGCAUUUCAAGGGACUUCCUACCAGGUGGCAGAAGAGACUACAUGGUUCAGAUACAACUGAGGUUUUGUCUGUCAGAAACAAGUUGUCCCCAAGAAGACAACUACCCCAACAGUCUCUGCAUUAAAGUUAAUGGGAAGCUCUUCCCCCUGCCGGGUUAUGCCCCGCCCCCUAAAAAUGGAGUGGAACAGAAGAGACCGGGAAGACCUCUAAAUAUCACCUCAUUGGUCAGAUUGUCCUCUGCCGUACCCAAUCAGAUCUCUGUAACGUGGGCAGCCGAAAUCGGAAAGACGUACUCCAUGUCGGUGUACCUGGUGAGGCAGCUCACCUCACCUCUACUGCUGCAGAGGCUCAGGAUGAAGGGCAUCAGAAACCCAGACCACUCCAGAGCGCUGAUAAAAGAGAAGCUGACAGCAGACCCUGAUAGUGAGAUUGCCACAACCAGCCUGAGGGUGUCGCUCAUGUGCCCCCUGGGUAAAAUGCGUCUGACAGUGCCGUGUCGAGCUGUCACCUGUUCCCACCUGCAGUGUUUCGACGCGGCCCUCUACCUGCAGAUGAAUGAGAAGAAACCCACCUGGGUCUGUCCUGUCUGUGACAAGAAGGCCCCCUACGAGAGCCUGAUCAUCGACGGGUUAUUCAUGGAGAUUCUGAACGACUGCUCUGAUGUGGAUGAGAUCAAGUUCCAGGAGGACGGGACCUGGUGCCCCAUGAGACCACGGAAAGAGGCCCUCAGUGUGUCCUCAACCUGUAUCCCAAAAAUAGAACCGCGUCUAUGUGCCGUGGUCCCCUCCCACAGCGAGCUCAGCUCAACCAAUAAGAAGGCAGACGUGAUCGACCUGACCCUGGAGAGCUCAUCAUCAUCAUCAGAGGAGGAGGAAGAGGAGCCUGAUCCGCCACUGAAGAAGAGAUGCCUCUACAUGUCCAAGACAGAGGAGGUGCACGCUAAGGGAGUGUUGACGUAUCAGCCGUCGACGGUGCGCCUCCCAAAUGUACAGGCCCUGGACACGCCGUACCUGAUGUCUUCACUGGCAGACUAUACAGUCCCCUUCCACCACUCCACCCUGUCCACCAUCCCUACAGACAUGCAGAGUCUGGAUCUGUUCUCGCUGAUCCAAGGUGACCCGCAGCAUUACAGAUCUCCUAUGUUCCUGGAUAACCUGACCAGCAGCCUGCAGGGUGCCACCACCAGCGCCGGCCUGGUGUCCUCUUCUAGCCAAUACGAGACCAGCUCCCACCACACCACCGCCACCUCAUCCUCCCAUGAGACUGGGGUUAUCACUGGGGGAGGAGGGUCCAACAUCAUCUCAGACAUCAUCUCAUUGGACUGAUCUAUUGGUCCCUGAGAGCUCAUUGGACUAAGCCUCUGGUCCCUGAGAGCUCAUUGGACUAAGCCUCUGGUCCCUGAGAGCUCAUUGGACUAAGCCUCUGGUCCCUGAGAGCUCAUUGGACUAAGCCUCUUAUUAGACACAAGCCUCCGAGGACUGAGGUAGUGCACUAUAUAGGGAAUAUUGUGCCAUUUUGGACCCGGACAAUGUCCACAGACCACCAUGGGACAUGGAGAUCCCAGAGCUUGGCUAACUUGUCUCCUUUCCUUUGUCUGUCUGCUAGUGAAGUUAGGACACAUUUGCUUUUUUUGGUCACCGUGCCUCUGCUUUGUUAGAUCAGUGCUGAUGGAAGGAAAGGAAAAUAAAUAGGAGAGGAAGCCAUUUUUUUUUAGAUAGUUGAGACUGUUGGACCCAUAGACUCCAUAGUCUUUUCUCAAUUGGAUUUGCUCAACUCCUACGUCCUCUCUCCCGCCUCCUUUUUGAAAAAGGUCAAAGGUAAUUGGAGGAGAGUGAAUGUGGAUGAAAAUGUGCUUGUAUGAAAUGACGUUUACAGGUUGGAUCCUAAAAUGUGGUGAUAAAAACUAAUGAAGAGUUGUGGAAGACAUUUUUUUUUUUAGCUACAACGAUAGAUUUUAAACGUGUUCAUGCUUUUUCUCUCUGACGACAAAACAAAAGCUCAUUUAAAGGGGGGAGGGGGGGGCUGUGUGGCAGGUUUCAAAAGUCUUCCGUGAAGGACUCCGGUAGGAUACACAUGACCUUCCUCGAGGUAAAGGUGGCUAUCAAGGAGAGGAGGAAACUCUUCUGUUCACCUACUAACGAAUAGACAUCUCCUUGGCCCACUCAUCGGUUUCCAGGUCACAGAGGAGAGAGGACGGACCCCCCCCCCCCAAAUAGUCCAAAGCCUAUUUUGAGUUGGCCUCACCCCACACACAUUCUGACCUGUGGAAGAGAAGGGGAUUUUACCAGUCUGUUCUUCACAUUAUGUGGAAGGUGUUUUUAUUGGAUGAGUUGACACGGAAGCAUUCCGCAGGAAGUGGGACAAUGGGGGGGGCGGGGUUUCCCCUUCAGUCACAGCAAUAAUACUGCGUUUUCCAGAUCUACUGACUCUGUACACGGUUGAAAGUGUAUCUAAAACAUGGAUCCAUUAGAAAUUAGAUAUUGGGGGGGGGGGGUCCAUGAAUUGGAGGUACCAUUUUGUUUUUUUGUACAAAUUAUCAAAAAUGAUACAAACUUGAGUGUUUAUAAAAUGCUAUCUUUCUCAGCAUUUUGGGAAAUCUGUUUUGUAUUUAGUUUGACCUUGUUGUGUAUGUACAAUCUAAUUAUUUUGCCGUCUUGGAGGAUCCCCUUUUUGUUCUGUGUAAAAUUGUAUAUGAGUUAAUGUCCCCAAAUGGUUUCCAUCCUACGAGUCCCAACUUUUGAACAUUUAAGUUGGUUGGUUUGAAGGUUAAGCAGGAUAUUUUACCACCAUUACAUAGCUACAUGUUCACAGAAUCAAAUGUAAUGUGAAGUUGUCAAUUGAGCCUUUGUUGAACGUAGCAAAAAGCAUUCAGGGCCUGAAAUAGUGUAUUUUAUUUAAUGUACAAAACUCUAGAUCAAUUAGCUAAGGCAAUUAGUGCUGCAGUUUUUAAAGUGUAGAAUGAUAUGUUGGUCCACAACCUUGUAUGAGUUGUUUAGGGAAAGGGGACCUACCCACUAAAACUUUAGGAUUUAUAUUAGAUUAAGUUAGGUUAAUGUUUUAAAAUGGAACCCAAAGUAUUUUCCAAACUUAAAUUUAAGGGAAUAGAUAUUUAAUAUUUUAUUGUAGUUAAAGGAUGCUCCUCUUGUUUUCCUGUGGGUAAAGGAUGCUCCUCUUGUUUUCCUGUGGGUAAAGGAUGCUCCUCUUGUUUUCCUGUGGGUAAAGGAUGCUCCUCUUGUUUUCCUGUGGGUAAAGGAUGCUCCUCUUGUUUUCCUGUGGGUAAAGGAUGCUCCUCUUGUUUUCCUGUGGGUAAGGGAUGCUCCUCUUGUUUUCCUGUGGGUAAAGGAUGCUCCUCUUGUUUUCCUGUGGGUAAAGGAUGCUCCUCUUGUUUUCCUGUGGGUAAAGGAUGCUCCUCUUGUUUUCCUGUGGGUAAAGGAUGCUCCUCUUGUUUUCCUGUGGGUAAAGGAUGCUCCUCUUGUUUUCCUGUGGGUAAAAGAUGCUCCUCUUGUUUCACUGUGGGUAAAGGAUGCUCCUCUUGUUUCGCUGUGGGUAAAAGAUGCUCCUCUUGUUUCGCUAUGGGUAAAAUAUGCUUUUGUUUCACUAUGCCAUCGUGAUGCAAACAAACAAACAAACAACAAGGUGCUCAUUUUUUUAUUUGCUUUCAGGAUCUCAGACUUAAAACAAUAAAGGGGCAUCUUUUUU